AUGUCGGACCAAGCUGUCGCGGCUGACCGGCGAGGCUGCCAGCAUCCGCCGUUCCGCCUUCUGGCCGUCCUCGUCCUCCUCUUCCUCGGGGCGCCGUGCGCCAUCUUCUUCGUCAUGUCGACCGGCCUUGCUCGCCUCCCCCGCAUCCGCGUCGAGUACGACCGCUGCCACGCUCACUCCAGCGCGCGUACGGAUCAGCCGCCGCCGUCACUGUCACCGUCGCCGCCGCUGCGCCAGCUGACGGACCCGCCGCACUCGCUCGGCCCGGUCCCGUCGGACUACGACGAGCGCAGAGUAGCCCAGUGGCUCCGCGACAACCCGCGGUUCCCGGCCUUCGUCGCGCCGGGGAGGCCCCGGGUGCUCGUGGUGACCGGGUCGUCGCCGCGCCGGUGCAGCGCCCCGGACGGCGACCACCUGCUGCUCCGCGCGUUCAAGAACAAGGUGGACUACUGCCGCGUCCACGGCUUCGACAUCUUCUACAGCACGGCGGUGCUCGACGCGGAGCUGACGGGGUUCUGGACCAAGCUGCCGCUGCUGCGCGCCCUGAUGCUCGCGCACCCGGAGACGGAGUUCCUGUGGUGGAUGGACUCCGACCUGAUGCUCACCGACAUGCUGUUCGAGCCGCCGUGGGACAGGUACGGGAGCCACAACCUCGUCAUCCCGGGCUGGGACGCCAAGGUGUACAGCGCCAAGAGCAGGCUCGGCGUCAACGCCGGCAGCUUCAUCAUCCGGAACUGCCGGUGGUCGCUCGACCUGCUCGACGCGUGGGCGCGCAUGGGGCCGCGCGGCCCCGUGCGCGAGAUGUACGGCAAGCUCAUCGCCGGGACGCUCUCCGACCGCGGGCCGUACGAGGCCUGCGACCACUCGACGCUCAUGUACCUGCUCGUGACGGAGCGCGGCAGGUGGGGCGGCAAGACGUUCCUCGAGAGCUCGUACAGCCUGCACGGCUUCUGGGCGGGGAUCGUGGACAGGUAUGAGGAGAUGCGGCGCGAUCCGGCGCCGGGUCCCGGCGGCGAGCGGUGGCCGUUGGUGACGCACUUCGUCGGGUGCAAGCCGUGCGGCGGGGUUGACUCGAGCUACGACACCGCGCGGUGCCGGCGCGGCAUGGAGCGCGCGCUCAACUUCGCCGACGACCAGAUACUGAACCUGUACGGCUUCGAGCACGAGUCGCUUAACAGCACCGCCGUGCGGCGCGUCCGGAACGACACCGGCGGGCCGCUGGACGCGGACGACGUGGUGCUCCGCCGGCUCUUGCACCCGACGUUCAGAGCUGCCAACUUGUGA